AUGGCCGCCGACACGAUCUUGCGCUCGCGCCGCCCGCAGUCUUACGGCUCGCGUACACCGAAUCCGUCAUCGGCCGAAGUAUGCUCGGGCGUCAUCGGCCGAACUCGGCCGAUCAAAUCAAACGUUCCCUUCAAUGGCACGAGGGCAAUAUGUCAUGCUUGUUGGCAUAGGAUUGACUCCGAUGUUAAUCAAAAUCAACCAGGCCCACAGCCUGCUGCACUUGCCGCUUUGGUUAAUCCCCCUGGAAUAAUGCGAGCUGCCAAUACGUCUCGAAGAUGUAUGUUCAACGAUUGCAAUAGAACACAACUUCGACCUGUACCUAACAGUAUAAAAGUACAUUUGCUUUCUUACUUCAAUUUUUAUAUCCCUAAUCGCGCCCGUAUAUGCGAUCAUCACUUGUUACACACGAUAAUAGAAGACAUUCCAGGCAAUGUAAGAAAUCUUUCUGGAUUGAAUGGAGAACACGUUAAGGACAUUAUAGAUAUGUACAGGACAGCUUUAGAACAGAGACAUUUUUUAGAUUUUGAAAAUAUUGAGGAAAUGUCGGAAUAUGACCUGCGUUUUUGGACUAUGUACAGGACAGCUUUAGAACAGAGACAUUUUUUAGAUAUUGAAAAUAUUGAGGAAAUGUCGGAAUAUGACCUGCGUUUUUGGACUGGCCGAGAACUUUUCGAUCCACCCUCGUAUUUGAGCAAAUUGAGAACGGCCGAGCCAAAUAAUCGACUUGCCACUGCUUUUAAUGUCUCAGUAAGAACCGUAGACAGAAAAAUUCACAGCGUUAGAAGCUGUCUCUUAGAAGACUUCCUUCCACAAUACUUAGGAUUUAAUCAUAUUACUCGGGAGCAAGUUAUUGAACAUAACCGAAUUCUACCAAAUUAUUUUUUCGGAAAUGAAGUUUCGCCAAAAGCGAUAGUCAUUUUAGACGGUACUUAUUUAUUUAUAGAAAAAUCAACUAAUUUUUUAUUUCAACGCGUAACCUAUAGUACGAAUAAGUAUAGGAAUCUAAUGAAACCCUUCAUGAUUGUGUGCGCUGACGGCUACAUACUAGAUGUGACGGGUCCAUAUGCUGCUAGAACGUCGGACGCCGAUAUCAUGAAGCAGAUUCUCCAAAAUCAUAAUGAACCCAUGGGAGAUGGGGUAUGCAUCAAAAUGCAUUUUGAUGUUUGA